UGGGAGUUGCAUGAAGUGACGAUCCAUAAGCACUUCUGUUUGAACAUUAUCUGACUGCUGGAAAGGAUCCUUCUUUUAUAUAAAGGAACAUUUCUUUCUCAAUUAUAAGUACCAUUUGCUUUAAUUUCCACAGAUUUCUUUGCAUAACUGAUGUUGAAAUAAAAAUCUACGUGAAAUUGCAAGAUUUUUUACCAACAGCAGUAUCAUCUAAGCUUGCCUCAGGAUUCAAUAUGAGAUCAUUUCUGUUUCUAUCCAUUGUGGCUCUGAGUUCAGCGAAACCAUCACGUCGGAAUGAAUUUCUUCACUUCCUGGCUGAGCACGAUUUUAUGCUACAGGAUCCUCCCCAAAACACAUCUGACAUCAUUCAACCACAACAAACACCAACCCCACAAACCACUUUCGAUGACUUAUUUUUCACAUGCCCUUCAAAAUGUGUGUGCCAACUACGGGUAGUCCAAUGCUCUGAUGCUGGUUUGAAGUCAGUGCCAGCAAAAAUUCCAAAAGACACAGUAAUGCUUGAUCUGCAAAACAACAGAAUAACUGAAAUAAAAGAAACUGAUUUAAAGAACCUGCAUUUGCUCUAUGCACUUUUUCUGAUUAACAAUCAGAUAACCAAAAUCCACCCAAAGGCAUUCCAGUCCAUGAAACAUUUGAAAUUGCUUCACCUUUCCUGGAACUUGCUACCUCAGAUUCCAACUCAUUUACCAAAAUCUCUUGUGGAAUUAAGAAUUGAUGAUAACAAAAUUAAGAAAAUAAAAAAGCAAGCUUUUAAAGGAAUGAAGUUUUUACACGUUUUAGAAAUGAGUGGAAAUCCACUUGAUACAACUGGCAUGGAACCCGAUGCUUUUGACGGGCUAUUGAGACUGAUUUAUGUACGAAUUUCACAGGCAAAUUUAACUUCGGUUCCCAAGAAUUUACCAUCCAAAUUGCAUGAGCUGUACCUUGAUCACAAUAAGAUUGUAUCAUUGGAACUAGAGGACUUUAGGCGAUACAAAGAUUUGCGCAGUUUGGACUUGUCCUACAACCAAAUUAAAGAGAUUGAAAAUGGAAGUUUAUCAUUUCUUCCUAAAUUAAGACAGCUUCAUUUGGAAAACAACAAAGUUAAGCAUGUUCCUGCUGAUAUAAAGGAACUGAUGCAUUUGCAGGUACUUUAUCUUCAUAAUAAUAAUAUUAGCAAAGUUGACGUGGAUGAUUUCUGCCCAAAGGAAUCAAGCAAAAAGAUGACGUUCUAUAGUGGAAUCAGCCUUUUUGGCAAUCCAGUGAAGCACUGGGAAAUUCAGCCAGCCUCUUUUCGAUGUGUCUCUGGUACUUUUGGCGUGCAGUUUGGAAAAUAAUAGAUGAAUAAUAAAUAACAUAGAUGUGUACAAGUAUUGUUCCCAUAAGGUUAAAUAACAUGAAGCAUGAAAUUCCUUUUGACAAAAGCAGGAAAAAAAUUGCCUUUUUCAACAAUUAACCACUUGCAAAAUCUUGGAAAUCCACAAAAUCAAAAUUGUGAUUUCAAGAGUCAAAAUGUGUUAGCAAAUGUCAAAAGAGGAAUUUCAUUUCAAUUACCCAUUCUGAGAAAAUGCUUCACUUGGUGCCUUCUAUAUGACUAGGAAUGGUCACUAAUUGCACAACUGUGAUAGGUUUCAAAGAAAUAAAAGUCAAUUAAAUACAACGCAGCGCUGCCGUUUAGUUCUUAUGAGGUUCUAACUUCUGAUUGUAUAAGCAACUGUUGCCUUG